AAGGCAGAGCCGUUUAUAACACAAGCUGUUGACCUACAGGAGCUGCCCAUGGAGAAACUCAAUUCAGACUCAGGCUGUGACUCUGUGACUGAUACAGAAACAGAAGACGAGAAGAACCCAUUUUACUCGCACAGUCUUGCCAUGAGUGAAGAACAUGGAUCAUCCAAAAGCACUGGGGACCAUCCAGUGGUGCAGCCUGACCGCAUACGGUGUGGGGUGCAGACAAUGGUUUAUAUUAUUAUGAAAUGUAAACUAGAUGGCAAAGUGAAAACUGAAGUUGAAUUCUCUCCAGAGAAUGCAUCGUCUGUGCGUGUGCUGGCUGAGAUGGAGAAUGAAUACACAAUAUCUGUGGAGGCUCCAAAUUUAACCUCUGGAACAGUGCCUCUGCAGGUAUAUUCAGGGGACUUGAUGGUGGGAGAAACAAGCAUCACCUAUCAUACUGACAUGGAGGAAAUUGGCAGUCUGUUGGCUAAUGCAGCCAACCCAGUACAGUUCAUGUGCCAGGCCUUUAAAAUCGUGCCAUACAGCAUAGAAGCGCUGGACAAACUGUUGACUGAGUCACUCAAGAAGAAUAUUCCUGCCAGUGGCUUACACCUGUUUGGAAUCAACCAGCUGGAAGAAGAAGAUAUGACAACAAAUCAGAGGGAUGAGGAAUUGCCAACACUGCUUCACUUUUCUGCAAGAUACGGGCUGAAGAACCUCACUGCCUUGCUGCUUACAUGCCCUGGAGCACUGCAGGCCUACAGCGUGGCCAACAAAUACGGCCACUAUCCAAACACCAUAGCAGAAAAGCAUGGCUUUAAGGACCUCCGCCAAUUCAUUGAUGAAUAUGUGGAAACUGCAGAUAUGCUGAAGAGUCACAUUAAGGAAGAGCUGAUGCAAGGCGAGGAGGAUGAGUCUGUUUAUGAGUCCAUGGCUCAUCUGUCCACUGAUCUGUUAAUGAAAUGUUCCUUGAAUCCUGGCUCAGAUGAAGAGCUUUACGAAUCCAUGGCUGGAUUUGUCCCUGGUGCCCCAGAAGACGUUUAUGUAGAGAUGCUUCAGUCCCAACCAGACACUCCAGUUGCUGGAGGUGAAGUUUCUCUAACUACAAAAGACUCGAUGCUCCGCAAGUUUUUAGAAGGCAGUAGCAUGGAUUUGCCAGAUUCAGAGGAAGGAGUUUACCAGUGGUAUGGUGAAGAUGUAUACUACUCAGUGGAACAAGAUACUUUUCCACAGGAAAUGGCUAGCAGACCGCCAGUUCCUGUUCCAAGACCAGAAACCAGCUCUCCCCAGCCAGACAAUGAGCUGUACAUCUCCAAAAUUUUUGCACAGAAAACUCAAAGACCUGAGAAUAUCUAUGUCCCUAGAGGAAGGGUUAAGAAAGAGACAAUAGUCAGGCCUGUAAGGGACCUGUCUCAAUCAAGCGUAUAUGAUCCAUUUGCUGGAAUGAAAACCCCAGGUCAACGGCAGCUGAUCACAUUACAGGAGCAAGUGAAAAUGGGCAUACUCACUGUUGAUGAAGCUGUACUUCAUUUUAAGGAGUGGCAACUGAACCAGAAAAAGAGAUCAGAAUCAUUCCGGUUCCAGCAGGAAAAUUUGAAACGGCUACGAGACAGCAUAACAAGGAGGCAAAUGGAGAAGCAAAAAAAAGACAAAAGUGCAGAUUUGGAAAUUACAGUACCCAUUCGACAUUCUCAUAAUACUUUGGGGAAACCAGAAUGUGGAAUAUAUGAAUAUGCCCCGAGGAAAAACAUUUUCCCACCAAAAAAGGAGUUAAAGCGAGGAGACUGGAAAACAGAAAGCACAUCCAGCACAACAAGUAGUGCAAGUAACCGCUCCAGCACUCGGAGCAUAUUGAGUGUCAGCAGUGGGAUGGAAGGGGACAGUGAGGACAAUGAAGUCCCAGAAACAACUAGAAGCCGCAGCCCAAUUGCCCACCAAGCAGAGAGGCUGCCUUUCCCAGAAAGGCCCCCCAGAGUGCCUCCUCGAGGUGCAAGCAGGCCUGUAAGCUGUGAAGGCUUUUAUCCUCCACCUGUGCCCCCAAGAGGUCGCUGAAUCUCUCAACAUCUGUGGAAUAUGAGAUUUUUUCUGUUUGUAUGUGUGUUUGUACAGAUACUUUGGGGUUGUCUUAAAUUAUUUAUAAGUGGGAGCCAAAUGUUUUCUUCCCCUUCCUCCUCCCUAAAGCUCUGGUGACUUUUCCCCUGAUUUUCACUGAGACUUCUUAGCCUUCUAUAACUUUUUUCUUGGAAGAAUUUUGGGACUUCAAGAAAACGUAUCAUGACUGGGAAGGAGAAUGCUGAUGUGUGUCUUGGCAGCCCUGCACCAACAUGAAGUUUCCCUUUGACCAAGAAAGAACACGUCCUUUUAGA